GAAAAAUAUAUAAAAGCGUCAAGAUAUUGGUCAGGGUUCAAAGUUCUUCGUCUAUCCUUUUGCCAUUCUUUACUUUCACAAUGGGCUUGCGCUAUUCUGACCCCUACAUCCAGGUCAUCCUGGUCGGUUUCAUUUGCUUCUGCUGUCCCGGUAUGUUCAACGCCGUCAACGGUAUGGGAGGUGCUGGUCAAGCCGAUCCCAAGACUGCCGAUGAUGCCAACACUGCCCUUUCCGUUACCUUCACUCUCUGCUCUCUUAUCGGUGCUCCCGUCUACAACAUUUUCGGUGCACGUGUCAUUAUCCCCGCUGCUCUUACCUAUGUCCUCUAUAUCGGUUCCUACCUUACCCCUAACUCUGGUUUCACUAUUGCCACUGGUGCUCUUCUCGGUAUUGGUGCUGGUUUCUUGUGGACCGCUCAAGCUGGUAUUAUGAUGUCUUACCCCACUGAAGCUGAGAAGGGUAAGUUCUUCGCUACCUUCUGGAUGAUCUUCAACUUGGGUGCCACCAUGGGUGCUGCUAUUUCUCUCGGUCGUGAAUGGUCUUCCGGUGCUGCUCAAGCUGUUUCCCAAAGCACCUACAUUGCCUUCAUGGUCAUCAUGGCUGUUGGUGCUUUCCUCGCCAUUGCUCUCCUUCCUCCUGGCAAGGUCAUCCGUGCCGAUGGUACCCCCGUGUCUCUCCACAGAUUCUCCAACUGGAAGCGUGAGGCUAUUGAGAUUCUCUUGUUGUUCAAGGACUGGAGAAUGUUGAUCUUGAUUCCUUUGUUCGCUGGUUCCAACUGGUUCUAUACCUACCAAUUCUCUGCCUACAACGGUGGUGGUUACUUCAACCUUCGCACUCGUGCCUUCAACAACUUGUUCUACUGGAUGUUCCAAAUUUUCGGAGCUGGUCUCUUUGGUUUCUUCCUUGAUUGGAAGGUCCUUGGUGAACGUAAGCGUCGUGCUUUCAUUGGUAACACUGUCACCUUGGUUUUCAUGGCUGCUCUCUGGAUCGGAUGUAUCUUCGUCCAACAAAAGUACACUCGUGAAUCCGUUGUUGCCCUUAAGGCCGACCCCACUCUUCAGAUGGAUGUCUUGUCUCCUGGAUAUGCCGGUCUCGUCAUUGAAUAUGCUCUUUUCGGUGCUGGUGAUGCCAUCUACCAAGGUUUCAUCUACUGGCUUUUGGGAACAAUGACCAACGAUACUGAACGUGCUGCCCGUUAUGGUGGUUUCUACAAGACCAUCCAGAACGCUGCUAACGCCAUUGCUGGUCAAGUUGAUGCUAUCCGUACUCCUUAUAUGACUGAGUUGGCUAUUGCCUUCGCCAUUAACGGUGCUGGUCUUUUGCUCGCUUACGUCGUCUGCUUCACCGUUCCCGAUGUCACCGAAGAAGUUGUUGAUAACUUGCAAGGUGUUGAGGGUGAGACCAAGUUGGUCGGAGGAGCUCUUGAGAACGAAGCUGCCUAUACCCAGCCCACCGACCGUGAAGACGUCGAAAAGGGUGACUUCUAAGCAAGCGUCUUAAGGAAUACUAUUCAAAAUCAAAGCUUUUAUGUUAAUCCUUACUCAUUUUAAACCCCCCAACCUAAUUCCAUCACCUACUUCGUUAUUCUAACGAAAAAGUUCAAAUCCCUCUCACUUACCCGAACAAUCCUGGGUACUUCUUUAACUUGAUAUUUCCUUAUUUCCAUUGUUUCGUAGAUAUUUUGCAUAUAUUUUCUAAUUUGCUUAUCCUGUGAUAAGGAGAAGGCAUAGUAGUUGAACUACCAAAUAAACUCCAUAAGCACAGAAUAUCUUGAAAUACAAACA